AUGAGCUACUGCUUGCACUUUGAAAGUAUCGACUCUGCGACGCGAGCUAAAGAAGCCCUACACGGAUGUGACAUAUACUCCGGAUGCUGCACUCUCAAAAUCGAAUUCGCAAAGCCCGAGAGAUUGAACGUGUUCAAAAACGAUCAAGACAGCUGGGACUACACAUUGACGGAAGAUGCUCAGCCUAUUCAACGGAGCGCCCCGCUUCUCCAGUCACCACAGUAUACCGGAGGAAGACCCCAACCUUACAAUGCUACAAGUUGUACAACCAAGUCGUCGGCAAGAUCGUGCAGUGAAGAUUCAUGCAGUCAACAUUCUUGUGAUCAUUCGCAUAUAGACAUGGAAUUCGGGAGCGGUGGCCCCCCGCCACCUGGUAUGAUGAAGGAAAGACAUGGCCCACCGCCACCUCAUCAUCCGCGGGACGGUCGAGGUUACGGCCCUGAAGGAUAUGGCGGAGAAGGCUUCGUACCUCCGCCACCGAUGCAUCAUCCUUCUAUGCAGCCACAAAAUCAGGGUGGUCCACCGCAACAAGGCGCCGUAAUGAUGGUCUACGGGCUUGACCCGCAAACUGCUAACGCCGACCGGCUCUUCAACUUGUGCUGCCUUUACGGGAACGUCGUUAGAAUAAAGUUCCUGAAGACGAAGGAGGGCACUGCAAUGGUUCAGAUGGGAGACGGGGUCUCCGUGGAAAGAUGCGUGCAGAACUUGAACAACGUUACCGUUGGCGACUACACAUUAACAUUGGCGUUUUCGAAACAAGCGUACCUCUCCGAGGUGAUGAACCCGUACCCACUGCCCGACAAGAGCCCGUCGUUCAAGGACUACGUCGGUAACAAGAACAACCGGUUCCUAACGCCCGCGUCCAUACACAAGAACAGGAUACAGCCUCCAUCCAAGGUGCUGCACUUCUUCAACACCCCGCCAGACGUGUCGGACGAGCAGCUGCUGCAGGUGUUCAAGGACUACGGCGUCACUCCACCCCACACCAUCUCUAAAUUCCCGCUCAAGAGCGAGAGAUCAUCGUCGGGUCUCAUGGAGUUCACGAAUAUAUCGCAGUCCGUGAUGGCGAUAAUGGCAUGCAAUCACGCCACCAUUCAGCAUCCAGGUGCGAAAUUCCCGUUCGUCAUGAAGCUGUGCUUCUCGUCGUCCCGGCAAAUCGGCCAAGGCAAGGGCCAGCCGCCCAACAAGAACCAGAACCAAAACCAAAACCAGAACCUGAAUCCGAACCAAGAACAGAACAUGGAAGGCGAGAACAACGGCCUCGAGCACGAAUACUACUAA